CUGACUACACUGCCAAGUUAAUGCAUCUCUUUGGCCUUUGUUUUUAACGGUCGCUGUUUGAACUGUUGGAAUGUUCCCGCGAGUCGGUCCGCGCGAGGAAACCGUUAAAGUAGAGUUGGACAAGUGAGAGUCUUGAAAGGAUCCUGUUAGCGCUAGUUGCUGGUUGAUUUGAGGUAGAGCAAUGGCAGGACUGGAUUUUACAGACCAAGAUGUUCGAGAGCAAUUGGACUUGUUGGGCUAUCGCAACGUCCCGGAGCAUCAACUUCGAGAGUUCAGAAAAGAUCUGGAGGAACUGAUCAGGCAUGAACGUUCAAAGAGUCAAAGCUCUGGUAAAGCCAGUGAUACUGUGGAGUCAUACGGUAGUAUAACAUCGUCAAACUGUGCUUCACAGGUGAGAAAUGAUUCCUUACAUCAACAUCACUUUGCAGCACCACAAAAUACAAUUCAACAUGAGUUGACCUCAGAAAAAGAGAAUCAGUUGCAGUCAUCACAUAGAAUCGGGAUUGGUGGUCAUUUUUAUGGUCAUCCUAAUGAAUUUCAUCACUGUGAUGCAUAUAGCAGAUUCUCAGUAGCCUCAAAUCCAUUUAGAUGUACAUCAGCACCAACUAGGCUGUUUCUUCAGAACAUUCCAAAUCGGGAGAGUUAUGACAGUCAAGUGCAGUCUGAGAUCAGCACAAGCAGCCCUGAAGCGCCCUGUGAAAGCAAGAGAAAACCAGUUAUCCGGAGAAAAGUAUUACGGAAGAAGAAUGGACAAAUGCAUGUUUGUGAUGAAUCAGUCAUCAGUGAGACUGACUCUGAUGAAGUCAGUGAAUUGGAACAAAGAUUCAGCAAAUUUCAAACUUUCAGCAACGAAGCAGAGUCUGAUACACAAACUGAAGAAUUGGGCAACAGACCUGGAAGCAUAACUGGAAGACGACCAAAUUCUGCCCAACCAUUCUUCACAAGAGAUCUGUGGAACUGUGGGCCCGGAGGAAAUGAGGGUUAUAGUUCUGUUUCAAACCAACCAAAGUCAUUUAUUAGACCAUUAAUGGAUCAUCCUCACACAAGAAACAUAAAGAAAAGUGAUCCUGUAGCAAAGUAUUUUGAAUAUAAGCAAAACUGGGAAACUUUCAAAGCUCCUGGAGAAAAAGAUAGGAAAGAACUGCGAUGGGGGAUAAGGGAACAAAUGCUUUAUAAGAACCAACUACCUCCGAAAUCUCAGCACAGCUAUGUUCCAAAUGACUACAUUAUACCAACAGAGAAGAAACGAUCUGCAUUGCGAUGGCAAAUUAGACAUGAACUAGCAACUGGAACCAUUCCACAGAAGUUUUUCUGCCCUUUAUAGCCAGUUUAACUGUUUAUAUAAAUCACGUUCUUUUGUAAUUGACUAACAGCAUGAAUUGUGCGAUGAAGUCAUAGAUUUUAUUGUUUCAUAAAAAUAAAAGUCCUUUUUUUAUAAACUUGUUUACUGCAUAAAUUCUUAAGGGAAGUCUUUGUAAGGUAGUUUGAAUGGAUAGAGGGGUGAGAAUCUGGUAUUGUGCCAUAGCAGUUUCUUCUCAAGAAAAUUGACUGCAUCCAGUGUAAGAACCAAGGUGUCGUAUUUCAGCAUACUGUGAACAUUCAGGCCUGGAAAACACAAUAGAGCAGAAUUUCAGAACGCCCAGUAAAAUCCAACUAAUAUGGAAGCAGCUUUCCAUCAAUCCUCAACACUGCUUCAAUUGUGUUUAUGAUAGUUUUUAAUCUUCUAUUACAGACCUUGUACAGCUGUCAUUCAUCCCAACAAAUUCUGCCACAAUCCCUGAGCUGUAGUCACUAUACAUGAUUCUUUCCGAGGAAUCCUUAUUUGCAUGCAAGCCUUGAAAAGCUAUUUGAUAGCAGGAUUGCAGGCGCCAAAUGUAAUUCAAGGAUUAAGAAUAUAUCUGUAUGACUUGGCUACAAUUUGAAUAAAUGAAUUGGUCCGAUAAAAGAA